AAAUCGUAAGUGAAAACACUAGUUUCAAGUGUCAACAUUGACCAAUGACAUCAAUGACAUGUUAGUUAAUUAUUUUUAAAUUUUGGUGGCGGUUAAAAAUUGUGAUUUUGGUUCAUAAUAAUUGUUGCUCUUGUUAAAUUGAAAUAGUUAAAAACACAUCUAAACUUUUUAACACACCGAUAGACAGAUUAAAAAGUUCGUGUUCAACGAAAAUUGUCUUCAACAAAUAGCGGGCAUUCAUUUCCCGCCAUUAAAAUACUUAAAUAAUCGGAAGAAAAGUUGAAACUGGCUCAUCACAAUUCACAAUGUUAUCAACGGAGGAUUUAGAAAGGCUAAUUACAGAGAAAAGGCGUGAGAUAGAGCAAGAGAAAACUUCCCUCGGUCUUUCGCCGGGUAACAAUAAUGUAGACGAAAAUAACAAUAACAUCUCAAAGAGUGUAAAGCAAGUGCGAUUCAGCCGUCCCAGAGCCUUCUCCGAGAACAAUGUGCCACCAGAUGCAGGUCCCCAGGAAAAGCUAUCUCACGAAGAUGAAAUCCCGCCUGAUCUAGAAAGAUAUAUUCGGCGCUACGUAGGGUUGCCAGCAAUGCUGAAAGCCGGCGAGUAUUCUCCCAACAACCCGCUGAUCCGAGGCGAGAGGACCUCCGGCGAUGUCCUCCUCGGCCUCGGCGAAUACGAGCGACGCCGCAACACGCUGCGCAAGAUACGACAGCGCCAGUACAAGGAGUACCUCGACCAGCAAGCAAAAAAGAAGCAAGAAGCCAAAGAACAAGCGGAGCGCGAGCGUAAGGAGAGAGAAGAGAGAGAGAGACUUCGCGAGGAGAGAGAACGAGAGAGGUUAGAGCAGGAGAGGAUAGAGAGUCCAGUGGGACGGCGAGGCAGCGUCAGUCAUACCUAUGUGUCGGGAGCUAAUAACACUUAUAUCACUAAAGUGGACACGGGCGUGCAAGUGGACCGCCGCAGCACGCCGCUGUCGGUGGCCGUGCAGACGGACGACGACACGCUGUACAGAACAACUUCUUCCCCGGGCAACAACCUUUUAACGCAAGCGGAAAGGGAGCUGUCUCCGCACACUGUGGGGGAUGGCGGCGACGGCAAGCAGAUGCAGUGCGAUUCCCACCAGUGGGAAUGGAAAACUUUGGACAGGAACCACGAGCGACGACGCAGCUAUGGGGAUUUUGACGACCGCAUGUCGGUGGCGCGCAAGCCGCGCGAGCGCCUGUACUCGGAACUGCGUCACAACUACAUGCCCUCCAUAUUUGACGCCGAGGCCAUCCGCUUGAGGAACGAACAAGCAGAAAAGGAAGCCGCAGAAAGACGUCACUCGUACCAGCAAGAGUUAAAGAAUCAAAUACUGGAGCAGCAGAAGAUUAAAGAAGAGAGGAAGAAUAGAGAAAAAAUGCUGGAGGCGGCGGAGAUGCGCCGCUUGGAAGAACAGUUGCGUUCGCUGAAGAUGGCGCAGGAGAGAGAGACGCACAGACAACACGACAUCAGCACUGCGAUGAAAGAGAACGCAACCGAGUACGAAAGAAAAAGAGCAACUCUUCAAAAGGAGAUCGACUUAGAACAUCAGGCGCUCUUAAAAGCGGCCAUCCACCCCAAAAGACACGCCAACACAUCCAAAAGCGAUUCUCCAGUGCACACCAAACAUUCAAAACUACCAUUUUUCUACAAAUACGAUCAAAAACCAACAUAUUCUACCAACAUUCCAGAUAAUUCCAUUUUCUCGCAAAACUACGACGUCGAAAGCUAUUUAAGAAGAAACCUUAAUCCAUCCAAAGAAAGUCUAUAUUCGAAUAAAAUUGAUAACAAAAAUACCGUCAUAGAAAAAGCCCUAGUUCACGAAAUGCCAAAAGAAUUGAGAAAUUUGAACGAAAAUAAAGAAAGAUUUUACGAAAAAGAGACGAGAAAUUUUUCUGUAAAUAUGGAAAAAGAUACUAGAAAUUUUUCCAAAAAUAUGGAAAAAGAUACUAGGAAUUUUCCAGAAAAUAUGGAAAAAGAUACUAAAAGAAAUAUUCCUGGAAAACUGGAUAACUUAUACGGGUAUUCCAGGACCGUAAGAAAGUUUUCGGAAAAUAUGCCGAUAGAUACCAGAAAAUAUUCGGAAAAUGUCGAAAAGUUACACGAAAAUUACAUAGAUUCGAACAAAUUAGCCGAAAAUAUGGAAAGAAAUAGAAAUGAAGAAAAAGUUUUCGACACGCUGCCUAUACCUGUUUUGAGGCAUUCUCCAAAACCGAAAGUCAAUUUUGAGGAGAAAUCGUCUGAAUUGAGUGAGAAAAUGCAAAUAGUUGAAGACAAAUGGAAAGUGCCUGUUGUUCAGAAGAACAUAUUGAAGUCUCUGCCAAACGAGAAGGGUAAGAAUGUUAGUAUUUUAACACAGUUGGGGUCCAUACGACGACAGCUGCAGUUGGAACAGUUAAAAUUAGACAAAAUGUUGGCUAAAACCCAUAAUUAAAAAUGUUAAAUUUAAUCAUACUCAGAAAAAAAAAAAUAAGUAGACGAAAGGCCUUAUUCUUUGCAUAAUAUUCAAAACUAAAGUGUGGUUUUUAACUAAAAAGACCAAAACAAAAACCAUAGGAGAUACAAGGAAACUAUUUUGGGAAACAUUAGGUCUUUUUUUGUGAAAAUAUUUUUGGUAUAGUCAAUUCUUUGGUCAAGCGUGAAUUUUUCUUUAUCUCAUAUUAUAUAGGUAUAUAAUUACCUCGAUAAAAGAUGACAGCCUCAAAACAGGUGUUCUGUUUGGCGGCCAUUUUAAUUAGAAAAAGGUCUGAGCUACGUACUUUCAAGUCGCGCCUAAAGAAAUUUUACUUGAAAAAUAACUAUAUAGAAAAAUAGUUAAGUAUGGUGCCGUAAGUUUUGUAGUCUUAUUUUUUAUUGCAUGUAGGUAGUUAUGUUAUUAUGAAAAAUGUAUAAUAAUAUUAUUGCCUUAUUUUUAUAAAUCUAAGUAUAAAGUUUCGGAAAAUUACAUCAUUUUAAUAUAUAUGAUGAUAAAGAUAAUAAUAAUAGUGCUUUACUAUUAAAUAAUAUAAUACGUAAUUCAUUGUCAAUUUCAAUAAAAGCCUAACUGUCCAAAAGUUGCACUCUUGUAAGUGUAUAAAAUAAUCAUUAUUGUAUAUAAAUUAGUCUAUUUUAUUUUUUUAAUAAUUUGAAAUUGAAUAUAAUUAUUUUUGAAAUUUACAAUUAUUUCAAACCUGUGCCAUUCAGGUUUUUAAUUUCGUUUUAUAAAGUAUGUAUUUCAAUUUUUUAGUUUUGUAAUAUUAUUUUCAUCUUACAAGGUAGGUGAUACAAACCAUUUUUGUAAAAGAAAAAGGUAUUUUGAUCAUCCCUUUCUUGUCUUUAAUACCUAUUGUUUUAUAAUUAUUCAAACUAUUAAUUUAUAAUGAAUAUUUUGAUUGCUAAUAUUAAUUUUUCAAUGUAAUAGUACAUACAUACUUAUCUAUUGAGGAAGUUUGAAAUUUAGUGUUAUACAAAAAAAGAAUUAGUUCCCGUCGAAAAAUAGGACCUUCAAAAGAAAAAGCCAAAUAAUAGAAUUCUUUCAUAUUAGUGUAGUGCCAAAACUACUAUUACUUCCUUAAACUUUUUUAAGCAAACUUUUUAUUCAUCUUUAUUUCAGUAUUUCUAUCAAUUUCUCUACUAGAAAUUUUAUUCUAGCUUUUUUCUAAAUAUAUUUCUUUUCUAUUUCUAGAUUUAUUUUAUUAAAAUUGUAGUUAUUGCACUAUUCGACAUAUUAAUGUCCUAAUUAUGUACAUAAUUAGGACAGGCUAGUUUGUUCGACAAUUUCUAGUUGCAAUUAUAAUCCACCGUCCAUAUUGCGCAAUUGAAAAAUCGUUAUUUUUUUUAUUGCUGGACUAUAGUCGUCAUCAAGAUGCAAUUUCUACAUCUAUAAAAUAUUGUUUACGUAUCUGUCCAUCUAUGGUCAGUUCUUAGAAAAAUUAAUCAUUUAUUUUCCGACAUAUAGCUCUUUCAGUCUGAUAUUAAUUUAAGUGUCUUGUUCAUUGUAUUCAGCAUGCAAACUGUAUUUUAGCCAAUAAAAUAAGUUUAGUGAUGUAAAUACAUGCGCCAGGAUUACAUUUUAUAAGUUGCAUUUUUGUUACAAAAUACCAACUGUACACAAAACUAAAAAAAAGUUGGCACUUUUAAGUGUUUUUUUUUUUUGGAUUUUCAAAUUAAUUGUAACUUAGCAAAAAUUAAAACCCAGUUAGUAACAUUAAUUUUGAUUUCGAUACUCAUGCAGCAUGUCGGUGACGCGUCGUGAAGUUUUGACCCAUCCCAAAAUCGCCGAACGCGUCUUCACUUCAAAAACAUUCGUCCAUUUGUAGUUAAUUUUAGUUUUGUAUACAAAUUGGUAUUAUAUUUUGUAAGUAUUCGAAAGACUGUCGAGUAGGCUAAGUCCAAAAGAGCUUGUAAUUUGUAAAAUGGAAAGUGAUAUUAAAGAUAGGUGUUAUAAUUAUUGCUACUCCUACAUUAUAUGUGUUAAAAGUAGCCAAUUAUAUUUUUGAACGCUUUUUAUUACAUCUGUUACGGGAAAAUUUCGUAUGAUGGACAAAAUAGACAUUGCCCGGAUAAUGUCGACAUGCACAAAGCUGGUGGGCGAAGGCCAAAUAACGAACAGCAAAUGGCUCUUUAGUUGUUUAAAAUUAUCUUAAGAUACAUCACUUUUAUUAUGCAGGCCUGUGCUCGAGAAUUGUUAGGAAUCACCAAAAAGCGACUUUAAAAAAUGAUUGAUCAAUCAAUAAAAAUUUGCAUCGUGUGAAACAAGCGACGUAAAUAUUUUCGUCACAUUUUCGAAUAUUUUUUACGCAAUUUGGCCAAACAUGACGCACUAAGCAAAAUUUUACUGGUGUAGAUGCGCCUUAAGAGCGUAGAAGUUAUUCUUUCAAUCAUUCGAAUUAAUUGUUAAUCGAUGUAAUAUGGAUAAGUCUUCGCAAAGUCAACAUUUCCCGGGCAAACUCAAUUUUGCCCUCCUUGCGAACUUUGCCAGUUACAUAUUAACGCCAAAGUCCAUUUCGCACAUUAGCUUUGUAAAAAAUUACGAAUAAAUAUAACAAUUGUAUCUAAGUAGUCCCAUUACAGUUAUAAGAAUUAUUAAGCAUGAUACUGUUAUAAAGAAAUAUUGUUUUUUUUUCUAUUUCAUUAAAACUUUGUUAUUGCUA